AUGGUUUCACUCCCCUUCCCACUUUGUGUUCUUGCAUUUCUGAAGUUGGUAUCCCCUGUGGCUUCAUCUUCAAUUCUCUUUACUGCCGGCACCAUCAUCGCUUUUGACCAUGAAGCAAACGACUUAGAUGUCAUCCGCAAUGGAAGCAUUCUCAUCGAGCAAGACCGCAUCACCGGCAUAUGGUCGAAUGAGAAAACGCCUUCGGUGUCAAUCCCUCCUAACACCACGGUUAUAGAUGCAGCAGGCAAGAUCAUCACCCCUGGCUUCGUCGACACACACCGUCAUGGCUGGCAAACCUUGUUCAAAACCAUGUUCUCCAACAUCACCCUCCCUGAAUAUUUCGGCCGCUUUGGAGAGCACGCUUCUGCCGGGCGCAUUGAUGCUGAGCAGGUAUACAUCGGCCAGCUCGCCGGCCUCUAUGAAGCACUGAAUGCAGGCACCACUACUUCCUUGGAUCACGCUCACCACACCUGGUCAGAUGAGACGUCUUGGGCUGGCUUGAAUGCCAGCAUAGAUAGCGGCGCGCGUGUGUUCUGGUCGUACGCCUUCCACGAAGUUGCCAACUACACCAUCGCGCAGCAGAUUGAGAACUACCGCGAUAUCGUAAAUGCUGCCCCAGAGAGGGAUACAGCUGUUGAACUCGGUAUGGCUUUUGAUAGUUUUGACAACGGCUCUGUGGAUCAAGAAACAGUUGAAUCGAUUGUCAACCUGGCUAAGGAAGUCAAUGCCUCGGUACUCACAGCCCACAGCGGGGGAGGCGUUUACGGAAGCAUACUCAAUACAAGCAUCCCCGUCGUGUUCUCGCACGCGUCAUACAUCACCUUGCGAGACACGAUGCUAUUGCGAAGCACGAAUCAGCACGUAGCUAUCACGCCGGAGUCAGAGAUGGGAUUUGGACUCGGACGUCCGUCUACCAACAUGAUCCUGGACCAGGUUGCCCUCGGCGUUGACACGCACGCGUUUCAGUCAUCCGAUCUGGUAUCUCAAGCACGCCUAUAUCUCCAGAGCACACGGUCAGCGGUCACCGACGAGCUGUUCAAGAAGUGGCAGAUCCCAAAGUCUACUCCCAUGAGCGUCGUGCAGGCCUUUCUCCUCGCCACACGUAACGGGGGCCUCGCACUUCGCCGGCCAGACCUUGGCGUUCUCAGCGUAGGUGCCAAGGCUGAUGUCGUAGUGUGGGACGGGACCAGCCCUGGUUUUCUGGGCUGGCUUGACCCUGUGGCGGCUAUUAUUCUGCACUCCAACGUUGGUGAUGUGGAGCAUGUUCUUGUUGAUGGGAAGUUCGUGAAGCGGAAUCACAGGCUGGUCGUUGGGGACUAUGCUAGCGUCCAGUCAAGGUUUUUGGAAGCUGCGAGGCGUGUACAGGAUGACUGGCGACAGAUUCCUCGUCCUGAGUUCCCGGAGCGUUCUACCACUGGUGCCCUGUUUGCCGACUCCGAUCAAGUGGAUGUUGUAGCCGGAAAUGGCACUGGUUACGGUCAAUUAUAUGUUUAG